CACAACACCCGCGCCCACGCCGGCCAAACUGUCGUUAAUUCCGUACGGAACUUCUCCCUGACCUUCACCAGACGAUACUCUUCUCCGCCAGAAACCACAAUGGCUUCGGAAGACAUCGCUGGUGUGGGAAGAGUGCAGAAGACAACGAUCGCCAACUCCUCCAAAGAGAUCAAUUCAUUCUCCGAUUUUCCGGCGCCUAAAGAGUUCGCCAAUUAUAUGGACCACAAGAAGAUGUUUGAAUACUUUUCGUUAUACGCCAAACACUUCCGACUUCUGCCACACAUUCGGUUCGAGCAUUCAAUCAUCAAAAUAGACAAAACCGAAGACUACGACAGCACUCAUAGAUUCAAAGUUUCGGUUCAGAGCCAUAAAGAUAACGAUUCUGUUAUAACUGAAGUAUUUGAUGGCGUAAUGGUAUGCUCUGGUCAUCACACGACCCCUCGUUGGCCUCACUUUGACGGACAACAUCUUUUUAAAGGUAAAAUAAUUCAUUCGCGAGAUAUUGUCUCUCAUUGGGAUCUAAAAGAAUACGAAGACAAGACUGCAGUAGUGGUCGGAAUUGGCAAUUCUGGAUGUGAUUCGGCCGUUGAAUUGAGUUAUGUCUGCGAUAAGACAUACAUAUCGUUACGAAGCGGUGGUUGGGUUUUGCACAGAGUUGGCCAAAACGGAUGGCCAAUUGAUUAUCAAUUUCACACCAGAUUUUUGCACAAAUUGCGGAGUCUUUUCCCGUUUCGACUCAUUUGUUGGUUUUACGAGACUUUCGUUUAUAACAAUCGCUUCGAUCACAGGCUUUACGGAAUUGAACCAAAUUUUGGCUGUUUUUCUGAAAUACCAAUUGUUAGCGAUUUAUUACCCGUUAGAAUGAUUUGCGGCAAAAUUGUCGCUAAGAAAGACAUCCAAAGAUUUGUCGAGAAUGGGGUUAUAUUUGUCGGUGAUACAGAUGUAACCGAAUGUGAUUUAGUAGUGAUGGCUACGGGUUAUGACCACUCGUUUCCGUUUGUCGACAAAAGUCUUUUCGAUCACUCGAGUAAUGAGGCGUUGAAUUUGUAUAAACAGAUAUUUCCCGAACAAUUGUCGCACUCGAGUCUGGGAUUCAUUGGCGCUCUUCAACCAAAUGGUGGUAUAUUUGCAUUGUUUGAGAUGCAGUCCCGGCUCUACGCUCUCCUUAUGACCGGCAAAUGCCGGCUCCCAUCGCACGACCACAUUGUGGCCGAUAUUGCGCUCACAAAACAACGACGAGACCAAGUAUUUUACAAAUCGGCCAGAAAUUCAUUAGCAGUCGAUUGGUUGUCAUAUAUGGACGAUAUCGCAGACAUGAUUGGCGUUAAACCCGAUAUUAAACAAUAUUUAUUGAGUGAUACACAGCUAUUCAUAAAAUUGNUAUUUUACAAAUCGGCCAGAAAUUCAUUAGCAGUCGAUUGGUUGUCAUAUAUGGACGAUAUCGCAGACAUGAUUGGCGUUAAACCCGAUAUUAAACAAUAUUUAUUGAGUGAUACACAGCUAUUCAUAAAAUUGGUCUUUGGACCCACUCUUCCCUAUCAGUACAGACUUCGUGGUCCGCAUUCAUGGUGUGGUGCGAGGGAUGCGCUCAUGCAGUCUGACUAUAGAGUUAAAUAUGCACUCAAUCCAAAUGAAGCUAAAAAUGUGUCCAACUUUUAUUUAAGCGCUAACUUUUAUAAAUGUGUGUUUUUAUUGGUUUUGUUUUUGUUCUUAUACCGUGAGAAU